AUGUUUUGGAGAUCUAUCGGACAAGACCCAGGCAUUUUAGAUCAUUCCCCUAGUCUAGCCCCCAAAGAAAUGUGCCGUAUGAAAACUUCAUUGAGGCUGUUACUUAGUAGAUGGCUGGCCAAGCCAUCGAUGCACCCGGAUCAGCACAGGGCCAUAGACAACAGCGACUUUGUGGAGUCGAUUCAAGAACCCAAUCACUUCCCAUCUGGCCGGUCCAGCCGAGCGACUGCUGCAUCUGUUUGCACUGACUCUAGCGUCACUGAGCAUUGUUGUUCAGAGGAGUACACUCCCAAAGAAUCAGAGAAAAAGCUGAGGAGUCUUGUCAAUCAGCGCUCGAGAUCAAUCAAACGUUUCCUUUGGGAUGAGCCGCUGGGUCGACCGGUGCCGGCGCGGAACUCGAUCGACAGUAAGUUGACCGCCGUUGAGUCGGUCUGUUCCCGGACCCCGUCCGAUUCGGCACAGCUCAAGCUCCGAUCGGCGCACCGGUCGAUCUCCCCGUUCGCUCUUGCCACCUUUGCCGCCGAUCCUCACCCGAUCUAUUCUCAGCCUCCCCAACCACCCCCGACGUGCCCCUUGCCAUCACUGCCCGUUGACCUCCCGGCGUCGUCCAGUAAUAACUCACCCUCCCCGGCCCAGCCGAGCUUCUCAGCUUCGGCGGCCAGUCUGUCGUCGCUCUCCCGCGGGCCCAAGCCUGCGCUACACUUGCCUCCUCGCCAGCAGUAUCCCAGCCUCCCACAGCUGCACUCUCAAGCUAGUCUCCAGAAUGUGCAUCCAUGCAUUUCUUACCGUCAGGCUCACCAGCCAGCCGAAGAUACUUUCUACGAUGAUGACCCGUUCGCGGCCGAAAGAAUCGUGGUGACCGGGCCCCGUCACCGCCAGGCCAGCUCGGGAUGGCCUGAUGACGAGUCCGUCGAUCCGCUAGGCCCGGUCGCCCGCCACAGCAGGCCGAAUUCCGUCUAUACGGCUGCAUCCGAAUCUUGUUAUUCUGUCAACACCACCAUCGACUCCGGAGUCGUCCCUUCACCCUUUGGUGGAUAUGUCUUUGCUACCACGCCCCGCACGCAAGGUCCACCCACCUCAAUCUCUACCAGUGGCGAAAGUCAGGAGGGAGUGAUCACCCCAAGCAUCUCCGGCGAAGAUGAUGAGCUUAGCCAGAUCGGAGUACCCCAGCUACACCGACUGACUAUGACCUCUCCUGAGGUCCCUUCCCCCAAGGAGCUCCACAUUGUCCCCUCUCCUCCUCCGCUUGCCGAGACUUUCAGCUUCGGAUUACCCAGUCGAUUUGACGGGUUUUUCUUUGGAUAUCAUCGGCGCCCCGAUCCGAAGUACCAUGCUGGUCCGGCCAUGAUCCUCAAAGUAUCUCCACCUAUCAGCUCGACCGCCUUCAGUCCGGGAGAAUCAAUCCGAUUCAAAAUCACACUUGCGAACCUUUUUGAUCAUGUCAUCGUCAGUUUUGUCGGCGAAUCCAGACUCCUCGGUGAACAUAAAAUCAAAUCUCAUCGGUUCCUUAAACAUGAAGUCGACCUCGAUUCUCCCGGGAAAUAUGGCUGUUGGGAGGUCCAACGUGGUGUCGACCCUAAGGAAUGGCUCGUUCAUUUAAAAAUCCCGUCCAUUUCUAAUUGCAACUGUAAAGAGAAAUUGGACAAGAAUCACUUCGGAGAACUAGAUAUACCUUCGAGUACGAUUAACAACAAAAUCUUUAUCGCUUAUCAUCUGAUCAUCCGAGGAAUCGGAAAACAGAAGAAAGCCGAGAAACCAACUAAGAAAAAGAAGAAAUCGAAAGGGGAAGAAAGAGUUAGAUUGACAGUAAUGGUCAAAAAAGAAAAAACUCCUUAUCCAGCAACACUUCCUGAAAAGGUCUGGGUUGCUGGUGAACACAAUUAUUCGUGUGUAUCAAUCGAAUGA